UUGUGCCUCUUGGGCUGCCGUAGAGGGCCGGCCACUGUGGACGGUGAGCGGAAGAUGGUGCCUGCGGAUUGAAGACGCCUCCUCCUAAGUAAUUAGUUCGGCAACAGCGGCUGCCGACCUCUCGCCUGCAUUCCCCCGGCAUGGAGCCGAGCUCGGUGCCGGUCUCCGCCCUCACCCGGGACUGUCUGAUCCAUAUCUUCAGUCUGUUGGAGGCCGAUGAUCUGCGACAGGUCUCGCAGGUGAACGAGGCUUGGAAUGAAGCUGCAGAUACUCCUUGGCUGUGGAGAAGACUAUGUCUGGAGCGAUGGAUCUUCUGCAAUCUCUCAAAAGUAGAUGAUGGAAUAAACUCCUGGAAAAAGUAUUACUUGCAUCGUUCCAAAAUAGAACAGCGCAUGGCAUCAGGGCGUGGCAGAGCUGACUAUACCUGCACAACCUUCAGGGGUCACAGUGGUAGGAUCACCGGAUUGCAGUACUGUAGUAAUCCUGACAAUCAAUUUGAAGCUAGGGCCUGGAAAUCAGUGGUUUGUACAACAUCUACAGACUGUACAUUGCGAGCAUGGAGCAUUCAGGAGGGCAAGCAGCUAUGGUCAACACCAGUACAAGAAGAACCUCUGGUAAAAUUAUCAACCCUUCCACAACAAGGCCUUGUGAUCACAGCAGACGCCAAAGGAAACAUUAAACUUUGGAAUGGACAAACUGGAGAGGAACUGGCUGUUUUCGCAACUUCAUGUACAAUUUGUAAUUUGGUGACCUACAACAUGGAAGACCAGCACUGCUUAACUAUUGGCACAAGGGGAGGAGCACUUAUCACAUUAACUAUUCCUAAUCUCAGCCAGAUCUCUCACUUAUCACUAAUUGAUGGCAAACCAGUGGAUAUUUUACUGGUUUCACCCAAUCAUCAAUGGAUCAUUUGUGGUACAAAAAAUAAUGAUGUCUCUGCUAAGGUAUUGCGGACAGAAUAUUUAAUGGAUUGCCUUGAUGAUGAUAGACUGCCAGUGGAUGCCCUAUAUGUAAACAACUGCUACACAGCUUGCUGGUUACCUAAAGCACCAUCCAGAGUGGUUACUGUGACCAACAACAAUGCUAUGGUUUCACAAAAAAGUAUCAUUACUCUUAAUGUAUGUCAAAAAAGAAAACAUAAACCAGAAAUACAAGGUGAACAAGUUGGAAGUUUCACUUAUGAAGAGGCUGGCAGGAAUGAUAUACUUAUAGAAGGCCAUGGAAGUAAUACAAUUAUUAUAGCACAUAAUACAAAAAUGAAACUCUUUUCCAUUGAUGGGGUACACCUUGCCAGUUUUCAUGACCACAACGGUACCAUCAGUGGGAUUUCUCUGGAUCCUUUCCGUGUGGUCACUGCUUCAAUGGAUUUGUCUCUUAGAGUAUAUACAUGGAAAAGACAGUCAAACAAAUGUCUCCAUCUUGAAAGUAAUUAUCACUUACUUGGAGGAUCCCACAUGAAGUCCAGGGGUUUUACGAGUGUUGUCUGUGACUAUGUAAGCAUAGUGGGUGCCGUUGAAACGAAGGAUGGUAAAGAUGUUCUGAAAGCAUACAACUUCAGCAUGUAAUUUAGUAUUUUUAAUUGAUUUGCAAAGUUGUUUGAAGAAUGAAUUCUACAAAAUCAAAUGUGUUAUCAUGUAAAAUAGCAAAGCAGGUAAUUUUGUAAGUGACUCGACUGUAUUUUAGUCACUGAAGUUUUUAU